GUGUUGCAUGGAGGGACAUAAUACGUGGGCAAUUUGUCAUGUGCUAUGAGGACCUUUACCGGCGCAACGGCUGGUUGCCCAGGCAACACAAUGCGUUUGGCGAGGAGAUCACUCGUAGGGAGACGCGGUUCUACUCCGUGGACGUCGACGGGCGGCCAGCUGUCGACGUGGACGUGGCCCUGGGGUUUGCGAGGGGUAAGCUGCCACACGUCCUCUUUCGGGUGAAGAAGACCGGGGAAGACGUCCCCAACGACUGGGCGAUGCUGCCGCAGGACAUAGUCGACGACAUCGUGCUGAAGUGUGUGGAGAACCUGGCGACGGUGCACAACGGGAGGCUUGAUAUGGGGUCGUUCUUCUACGCGUUCCUUGAUCCGCCGGUUGUGGGUCGCGGCUAUCUGCACGGCGAAAUCCGUUCGUAGAUGGGGAGGUUGGGGGAGGGCCUCCCUAUAUUUCUCGGUGGCUGCUACAUGUCUGUUUACUAGUUUGGGGGGGGGAGGGGGAGCAAAUGAAGAGCCGUGCAAGGU